AGUUUACCUUCACUUGUUCAGUCUUCACACUGAGAGAAGGAGGAGGAUGAUACGUGAUUGGCCAGGCGGGGACUGGUAGUCCGGAGGCUGGCAUUGUGAGGCUGGCGUUGAUCCCCGUGUUCAUGUUUACACCUUGCGGACGGGGACGAGUCCAGAUAGUCAGGGGUCCAGAGCGAACUCGGGAGUCCGGUUUUUGGUAUUCGUGGCCACCUGACAGCAUCACCCACUGGCACUUGUUUUUGUUUUUUUCUUUUCGUUCUUUACGGCAACAAACCAAGUUUGUAUUUACCGGGACACGGACCCUGACGUUUUAAUUGUACCUCUCAGUUCAGAGCAGCUAUGCGUCAAACUUUUUGGUGACUCUCGUUGCGCCUCUGCGCGUACGGCUCCCGGUGAAGUGGAGCUGGAAAUGAAGUCUAUCAGGAAUAGUUCACACGGCGUGAUAUCUGCGGAUCUCCUCAAACUUUGACUACGGAAGGAAAUUACGCCCGUUCAAUCACUUCUCAGACCUCCACAAGCCGCUGUGAUGGAUGUGUUUUGACCGUGGUGGUUGGCGUUAAGAGUAAAGAGUCAACUAUUAAACAAAACAGCGGCGCCCCAACUCCAUUAUUCAGUUGCUGGACUCGUCGGCGACUGUCCGAGAAAUCACCCAGGACUUGGCUGGACGAGAUCCACUUGGUGUGUAUCGAAAGCUCCAGAGGUCGCGCUGCGUGGACAAACCGGGACGUUUCGCGACGGCGUAGCCGGAGAAGAUGCACUCUGUUCGGACGCAGCGUGACCAAGGUCUCGGUCCUCUGGUUCUUCUCCUCCUUGUCGGGGGGUAUGUCGUGUCUGGCACGGAGACUACCGACUACAGCGAGACCGAGGUUCUCCCCGACUCCUUCCCGUCGGCACCGGCGGAACCGCUCCCAGAAUUCCUGCUGGAACCGGAGGACGCUUUCAUCGUAAAGAACCGGCCGGUCCAGCUGCGCUGCCGGGCUUCACCUGCCACACAGAUCUACUUCAAAUGUAACGGAGAAUGGGUCAACCAGAACGACCACGUCACCAGAGAGAGCCUGGACCAGAUCACAGGCCUGGUGGUGCGGGAGGUGGACAUCUCGGUGUCGAGGACGCAGGUGGAGGAGCUGUUCGGGCUGGAGGACUACUGGUGCCAGUGCGUGGCCUGGAGCUCGGCUGGCACCACCAAGAGCAACCGUGCCUACGUUCGCAUCGCAUACCUGAGGAAGAACUUUGAGCAGGAGCCUCUGGGACGGGAGGUGCGUCUCGAGCAGGAGGUGCUGCUGCAGUGUCGCCCCCCAGAGGGCAUGCCCGCCGCUGAGGUGGACUGGCUGAAGAACGAGGACGUCAUAGAUCCAUCGCAGGACUCCAACUUCCUGAUCACCAUCGAUCACGAUCUGAUCAUCAAACAGGCCAGGCUCUCGGACACCGCCAACUACACCUGUGUGGCCCGUAACGUGGUGGCAAAGAGACGCAGCAGCACUGCUACUCUGAUCGUUUACGUGAGCGGCGGUUGGUCUUCGUGGACUGAAUGGUCGGAGUGUAACGCUCGGUGCGGGCGGGGCUGGCAGCGUCGGACGCGCAGCUGCACUAAUCCUGCCCCCCUGAAUGGAGGAGCCUUCUGUGAAGGCCCGCCCGUCCAGAGAGUAACCUGCACCACGCUGUGCCCAGUGGAUGGAGGCUGGACGGAGUGGGCAAAGUGGUCCGCCUGUGGGACAGAGUGCACCCACUGGCGGAGCCGUGAGUGCCAAGCCCCCCCACCCAUAAACGGAGGAAAGCACUGCAGCGGGAGCAUGAUGGAGAGCAAAAACUGCACAGAGGGGCUGUGUGCACGAAAUAAAAAGAUUUCUAUUGAACAUGCAAGCCAUCCCCUGGCCCCAGGUAUGGGCAUAGCCGUCUACGCUGGCCUGGUGGUGGCCCUGCUGCUCAGCGUGAUGGUCCUGUGCGUGGGAGUCCUCGCAUACCGCCGCAGAUGCCGCCAUCUCCACGGAGACAUCACCGACUCCUCGUCGGCGCUCACCGCCGCUUUCCACCCUGGCAACUACAAGCCCCCCAGACAGGAUAACCCUCACCCUCUGCAUCCCUCGGCUCCUCCGGAUCUGACAGCCACGGCGGGGGCUUUCCGCGGGCCCCUCUUCUCCCUGCAGCAGGGGGUCAACGACAGCCCCCACAAGAUCCCGAUGACCACCUCUCCCUUGCUGGACCCCCUGCCCAGCCUCAAGAUCAAGGUGUAUAACUCCUCCACACUUUCAUCCCUGGAACUGCCCACCGACAUGGUUUCAGUGGACGGAGAAAUCCUCAGUUUGAAGUCUGUGGGUACUGUGGGCAGAGAGCGAGACUACCACAGCCACACCCUGUCCAGAGAGCCCGGGCUGAGCACCAGCGCCACCCUCGGAAAUCUGGGAGGCCGCCUUACCAUCCCCAACACAGGUGUGAGCCUGCUGGUCCCGCCUGGCACAAUCCCCCAGGGGAAGUUCUACGAGAUGUACCUCAUUAUCAACAAGUGGGACAAAACAACGUUACCCUCUGAAGGCAGCCAGACCGUACUAAGUCCUGUGGUGAGCUGUGGUCCAUCUGGAAUGCUGCUGAAUCGUCCAGUCGUCCUUACUUUGCCUCACUGUGCUCAACUGGACACACCAACCCCUGACUGGACGCUCACACUCAAGACGCAAACGCACCAGGGGGCGUGGGAGGAGGUGCUGACAGUAGGGGAGGAGACUUUGUCUUCCCCGUGCUACCUGCAGCUGGAGGAGGAGUGCUGUCAUGUUCUCAUGGAGCAGCUAGGAACAUACGGCCUCGUGGGUCAGUCGUGUCCCCCGCAACCCGCCUGCAAACGCCUGCAGCUGGCGCUCUUCGCCCCCCGUGCACCGUGCCUCUCACUGGACUACAGCCUGCGGAUCUACUGUAUCCAUGACACCCCGCAUGCACUCAAGGAGGUGCUGGAUUUGGAGAGGAGCCUAGGGGGAGUUUUGUUGGAGGAUCCCAAGCCACUGCUCUUCAAAGAUAGCUACCACAAUCUACGCCUGUCCAUCCACGACAUUCCUCACACUCACUGGAGGAGCAAACUUCUGGCCAAGUACCAGGAGAUACCGUUCUAUCACAUCUGGAGCGGCAGUCAGAGACCCCUGCACUGCACCUUCAGCCUGGAGAGAGGCAGCCUGGCCGUGUCGCAGCUCGCCUGUAAGAUCUGCGUCCGACAGGUGGAAGGGGAGGGACAGAUAUUCCAGCUGCACACGGACAUCCAGGAGACUCUACCGCCGCACUCGCCCCUCCCCUCGGGUGGCACGUGCCUGCCUUCGUCUCAAGUGGGACCCUAUGCCUUUCGUUUGCCUGACUCCAUCCGCCAGAAGAUCUGUGCCAGUCUGGACGCACCCAGCGCUCGAGGCUGUGACUGGAGGCUGCUUGCGCGCAGCCUGGGCUUUGACAGGUAUUUGAACUACUUCGCCACAAAGCCUAGCCCCACAGGUGUUCUCCUGGAUUUAUGGGAAGCUUGUCACCAAGGUGACGCAGACCUGGUCUCUCUGGCGACCGCGCUGGAAGAUAUGGGCAAAAGUGAGGUGCUGGUUGUCAUGACAACAGAUGGCGAUUGCUGAUUGGUCAAAGAACAAGAAAGAGCGAGACCCUUUUUUUUUUUUUUUUCUUUCCCCACCGCCGGGAUGAAAAGAAUACCUGCCUAUGAAUAUAUGAAUAUGCACACCCUGGCACCAAUCAUGAACCCACAGAGCGUUUUUGGUUGCUCCACAUGUGCUGUUUUACCUCUGCCUCAUCUCCCCGGUCACUGGCCCAUGAUCAGCCACUGUAGCUACACGGCCACCAUAACCCAUUUCCACACAGGCCAUCCUACUGCUAGCCUGAUUCAGCUUGAAUCCUCCAAAGCAAUGUUGCAUCUGCAAGAUGUGAAACCAAUUUGAGAGUACCAAGGCGUAAAAUGGGUGUAAAGUCAUCUGUCAGAUGUGGUGUUGACUGUCUUCAAAUCCUGAAAGUGACUUGUAUAUAAAUAACAGUGCUUUGGGACUAAAAAAAAAAAAUAAUAAAAUAAAUCCAUGUAUUCAGCACACUAAAGGAUGCACAAUAACACGAACGCUAACGUGGGAUUUCCCAAGUUUCAGUAGCAGCAUGAAAGUGCAUGAUAUAACACCAUCUCACCUCAUGGCUCCAUUGUCAUUCCGUGUGUGCGGUGAAUGACGGGCAGCGCCGACCUUACCUGCAGCCCCUCCAGACUACACACACACACACACACACAAACACACACACACGCACACACACUCACACACACACAUACACACACGGACAAAGUGGUCAUUAAUUGCCUAUGAAUCACACAGACGGGGCGAGGAUUUCUUGACUAACCGCUUUAAGGACCGAACCCGCGAGGUUUGAGUCAUAUCACUUUGGUCUGAAAAAAAAAAGGAAAAGAAAAGAAAAAAAAGCUGCCUCUUCUUUUUUCAUGGUGGGAGGGUGAACUGCAGUCGCGUUUCUUUCAGAAAUUGGCGGACGACGAGACUGACUCCUUAUAUUGUACCAACAAAUGCCUCAAAGCCUUGGCAUAUCAUUCCGACUCACAGGGGUGUUUCUCUUUCAUCUCUCCUUGCAUUCCUCUAUCGCUCCACCACACUCAUAUCUGCUGAGAAUAAACUGCAGGAGAGCUUUCUGGUUACCCCUUAAAAGUUUCCUCUGGGGAACGCCCUUUAAUUUAUUAUCCAUAUUUGUGGAUUGCUUUUUUUUUUUUUUUCCCAUUGUCAUUGAUGUUAUGAUCAUAUAGAACCUGUUUUCAUUAUUUGUGCUUGUUUCGGCCCCUCAUCUGCUGCGUAUUGUUUUUGGUCCUAGGUGCAAGGUGGAUAUCUCCGUUACAGAAUCUCAUAACAGACCCGUGUUUGUGUUAUUUUUGAUAACGCGCAUGGAUUUCGAAAUGUACGACUUAAUUACAGAUGGUCAAAGGUCCUGUAGGAUUUACUGCAUUUUGGAGGCAUUUUGCUUUCACUCUAACGGGAGGCAGUUUCCACACUUCAGAGACGAUUAUACAACAAAUUAGCCUUGCAUUGAAUUGACUAGGCAGCAAGGGGCUGUAACAUUUACCUCAACACUAACUGAAUUAUGUUGCAAUCUGUUCUCUGGUCACCACUUAUCUGUGCGUCCAUAUGUCCACACAACAGCGUUCUGUAACUGUUUCUCUUCAAGCUAUUAUCUUCGUCGUUACUUAAUUUCUGUUACUGAGUUUUUCUCUCCCUCAAGCAAAAAAAAAAAAAAAGAAAAAAGUGUUCAUAUACCACAAUAACCAAAACACAGGCAGUAUCCCUCCUCUUCAGCAGUGAGUCACUGUUUGUGUGAAUGAAAUGAAUGCGUGCGUGCGUGUGUGAGUGACUGUGUGAGUGGGUAUGUGUGGGCAGGUGGGUGUGCACGUAGCAGUAUGUGCACAUUCUUAAGAUCUGUCAUUUCUCUUUGUAAGUGCUAUGCAAGUACAAAAGAAAAGUGAAGCAUUUCGACUUCUUUUGUUUCCUGGAAGAGUAAUUCUAUUUUUUCAGAUCAGGACACUGACAGGGUUUUAAUUUUGUAUCCUAAAGUGGUUUGAGAGUGGUUUCACAGUUUUUGAUGAUGCUAGCCUGUGUGGGAAUUCUCCAUCUGGAUCGGAAGAGCCAGGAACCUUCUACUGAUAAAGCACGCGCGGGAAAACAUAACAAAGCGGUGCAUCGGCUACAAGUACAAGCUGUGACUAACUAUCAUGAACUUGAGCCCUGCGGGUCUUUGCUGUGAAGAAAUCAUCUGAAAACAACCAGUUCGGUACUUUGGAUCCCUGAACAACUGCAGGACGUUUUUCUUUUCUCGGUUCUUGUUACAGAGACUGUCGAGCAGUAGAUUACAGUGUUUAUUCGUCCAGAUUUCUCAUGUGUCUGCUGGAUCUGUGGCCAUAUCUCUGGAUAUUUUAUGCUGGAGCUAGACUGGAAUGGAACUUGCUCCCGUCAAAAAGGAAACUUCAGCCUUUGUUUGAGAAGUCAGACAUUUUUACAAAAAAACAAAAAAAACAAACCUAAAUGGAUUCAGUGACAUUAUUUUAUCUCUGUAAAGUACCAAUUGUAUAUAAAUGUCUAGCCUUCUUACCUGUAACUAAAUAUAAUUUUUAUGCAAUAAAUUAUAUUUCUUAGUUUAA